CACACACACUCCUACCACCAUGUCCGAACACUGGAAGUCCACGCCCAGAUACUGGUGCAAGCACUGCGCCUGCUACGUUCGCGACACGAAGCUCGAGCGGCAAAACCACGAAGCUACGGCCCGACACCAAGGCGCCGUGAAGCGCGCCCUGCGAGAUCUCCACAGAAAUCACGAACGUGAGGAGCGCGACAAGGAGCGCGCCAGACAGGAAAUCGCACGGCUAAAUGGCGUUGUCGCGGGCACGAAUUCCUCCUUCUCCUCCACGUCAAGAGGAUAUGCGGCAGGUAGCGGCAGCGGCAGCGCCGCAGCCGGAGCCGCGACCUUCAAGCCCACGAACCCAGCGGCCCUCGAAGCCGAGCGCAAGAAGCAGCGCGAACAACUAGCGGCCAUGGGCGUCGCCAUACCGAGUGAGCUUAGGACGGAAAUGGCCAUGGCUGGGGACUGGACGGUGACGAACACUCGAGUUGUCGCCGGCGGCACCGACGAGGACAAGAAUAAAGUGGCCACAGGGGUGCGGAAGCGGGAAGUGCUCGACGAAGAAGAAGAGGAGCGCAGAACGAACGAGGAACAGGUUCUCAAGAGCCUGUUCAAGAGACCAAGAAAGUGGGGAAGAGACACGCGCGCGGCGCCUGAUGAAGAGGACAAGGAGCUGGAUGCCCUUCUGAGCGGGUCACGUAUAGCGCUCAAAGGGGAGGUCAAGCACGAGAGCGACGUGGUGAAGAAGGAGGAGAGUGUCGAUGCACCGAUGAUUGCAGAACCAUCUGAUGCGGGCCAACAAGCAGUUUGCAAUGUGAAGGAGGAACCAGACACUGCGUCAGCUGGUCUCGUGGACGAGGCGCCGCCGCUAGAGACGGAGGAGGGUGCCAACGCGGAAACUAAAGCAGAAGAGGAUGGCGAUGCGGGAGCGGCACCGGUCGUGUUCAAGAAGAGAAAGGCAAAAGGCUUGCGGACAAAGUAAGCCAUGUCAUUCGGACCAAGCGGGCGGUUUUGAGCGAGGGAGUUGCACGGCUACAUGUCAGAGAUACCCCAUAUAGAAAAGCGACAUGGGAGCCACCCGACCCGAUUAUUCUUGUACUUUGGUGGAAGCUGGCGUUUUGUUGUGGCACCGUUUAAGUCGACGAGUCAACGGAUUGUUGUCUCGGAGACCUGUGACGCAGGCCGAACCCCGAGACCCCAUGCCCCGGCAAGAACAUCUGCAAUGCCACGCCGCCAUUAAGUUCAAU